AUGAAAUCCAUGACAAAUCUAAUUGAUUACAAUCGAUUAUUUUAUUUUAAUCCAUUAAAAUGGAUUAUUUUGCUCGAAAUCAUUAAAGCUGAUUAUUUUCCAGCAAAACCAAUAAAAUCCAUUAGAAAUCCAAUGGAUUAUAAUCGAUUAUUUUAUUUUAAUACAUUAAAAUGGAUUAUUUUACACCAAAUAAUUAAAACUGAUUAUUUUCCAACAAAAUCAAUAAAAUCUAUUAGAAAUCUAAUCGAUUACAAUCGAUUAUUUUAUUUUAAUACAUUACAAUGGAUCAUUUUACUCGAAAUGGUUAAAAUCGAUUAUUUACGAACGAAAUUUAUAAAAUCCAUUAGAAAUCUAAUGAAUUAUAAUCGAUUUGAUGCUGAUUAUUCCUCUAAAUUUUUUCACAUGGACAGCGACACAAAGUCAUUGGAAAAACGUGUUUUCCGCGUUAAAACCUGCAUUUUCACGUUUGCAAAAAAAAGUUUCUAUCUGAGCGAAAGGUCAGACUGAAGAUAAGAAUAUCGCUAUACUUAUUUUUAACAAAAUAAACUUCGUUUUUUACCGUUUUCUCAAGAUAAAUAGCACGCAUUUUAGACGUUAAAAUGAGACCGUGACUACUAAAUCAGCGGGUUUCAAAAUAACUGAAUAGUUCAUUCCGGAAUCAAGUACAUAUUCUUCCCAUGCAUUCUAUUAUUUAUUUAUAAUAUACAAAAGAAACAGAUACAAUCACGUUCACAACCAUCAAACAAACGAUUCGAUUCCUGAACGAUAUAUUUUAGUAGUCUUUUUCCUAUGAUACCGGAUAGAAUGAUGAUUUUGUUGAAUAAUCGGUUUGGUUUUCAUUUUAAUCGAUUUUAAUCGAUUAUUUUCAUUUUAAUGGAUUUUAAUUGAUUCCUGCUGUAAUUGCACAAUCUCUAUUUGAAGCAAUUUAUAUAGGAGUUCCAACUCUACUAUAUGUGAGUAUCAUGUGGCUUAGUGGUAACUACAUGGUUUCUUAAAACGAAAAAUCGAAGGUUUCGCGUUCGAAUCUCAAAAAAACGCUUAUCUUCGAUAAUAAUGAUUAAAAUCGAUUAACAGAUAAAAAUCAAUUAAAAUCGAUUAGUAGGUAAGAAUAGAUUAAAAUUGAUUAACUAGUAAGGAUAGAUUAAAAUCGAUUAAUAGGUAAGUAUACAUGAUAGACGAUUAACCGGUAAGAAUAUGCUAAAAACCGCUGGAAUAGUAAAAAUCGAUUGUAGUCAGAUCACUGGUGGUAAUGAGUUAAAGUGAUGCUUCAGUCAAUAAUAGAUUAGUAUUGAUUUGAGUCAAUUGAAAUCGAAUUAAGAGAAGAAAAUUGGCAACAGAUUUCUCGAGAGUUAAUCGAUUAUUUUUUUAUUAAAAAUCAAUUAUAAUGGCACUAUUAUAAUCGGAUUUUAAUCCGAUUUUUAAUCAAAACCAUGAUUUUAAUUGAUUAUAAGAAAUUUAAUCAAUUAUAAUCAUUAUUUUGAUUAGAAAUUAGAUUAUAAUCGGAUUAUAAUAGUGCCAUUAUAAUCAAUUAGUAAUAAAAAAAUAAUCGAUUAAAAUCUGAUUUUUUCUGAUUUUUUUUUACAUGGG